CAGCCCUCUUCCUUUUUCCAACAACGUGAAACUGCAACCAUGAGUACCCUCAGGUUGCAGAAAAGGCUGGCCUCAGCCGUACUGAAAUGCGGCAAAAAUAAAGUUUGGCUCGAUCCCAAUGAAACUAAUGAAAUAGCCAACGCAAAUUCACGUCAAAACAUCAGGAAGCUGAUCAAGGAUGGUCUAAUCAUUCGCAAACCUGUGGCUGUUCACUCGCGUGCACGCGUAAGGAAGAAUGCCAUUGCCCGCAGGAAGGGGCGUCACAUGGGGCAUGGAAAGAGGAAGGGUACAUUGAAUGCCCGUAUGCCUACCAAAAUCUUAUGGAUCAGGCGAAUGAGGGUCCUCAGAAGGCUGUUGAAACGCUACAGAGAAGCUAAGAAAAUUGACAAGCAUUUGUAUCAUGAACUUUACAUGAAAUGCAAAGGAAAUGGCUUCAAGAACAAGCGUGUGUUGAUGGAGCACAUCCACAAGAGGAAAGCAGAGAAGGCUAGGACUAAGUUACUCAGUGACCAAGCCGAGGCUAGAAGACAGAGAGUCAAGGAGGCCCGUAAACGCCGUGAAGAACGCAUCAAGCAGAAGAAGGAAGAGAUGCUUAAGUCUUACUCCACAGAGGAUGAGACAAAACGAUAGACAUUUUAUCUUUUCCAUCUCGUGUCACAUUCAUUGUUGUUGCAUUGAUCACAAUAAAGGUGGAUGUGGAA